AUGGCAGCAAAGUAUUGUUCGAAGUUUAAUUUAUUAUUUUUGGUGCUAUUUUUAAUCGUGAUUCUGCAAGACAGUUGUGAUGGGGAAAAAAAGAAAUCGGAGCCAAAGAAGAAAAAGGAGAAAAGCUCUAAAAUUGGAAAAAAUGUGAUGGAUUAUUCUGAAGCAGACAUGCACAAACUCCUCGACCAAUGGGAUGUAAGCACAUCACGGCGUUCUUAAGCUUAACAUUUUAUUGCUCACUUAUUCUUUGCUUAUUUGACCAAAUGCAUGUUGAUGUACAUUCUCUUUUGCUGGAUGCGUGGACGAUGCAGAUUAUUUUUUGUUUGCAUGUUGACAAGGUCUACAGGUGGUUGCAUGCCACUAUGCUUGUUCAACUCCGUAGUCCUUAAGGUCUAGACACCUUUUACUUCUGAAUACAGCCGACAAUUUAAGACGCAUUUUGUGAACAAUCUUUUUUUCCACGAAUAUAAAUCACAAACUACAACUGCUGAUUAUUGUGCAUAAUUAGGUAAAUCAGGGGUUUAAGUUUUGUUGACUUGCUUGUCAAUCAACAACAACAUAAACAAUAGUUUAUUACUAAUCUUAUUCAUAAUAUUAUGAUGAAGAAUUCUGCAUUUGUGUGUUUUACUUAACCCAGUUUUUAAAAGCUAGUUGCUUAAUUAUAUGCUGAAUCACUAUGGACUGUCUCCUUUCUUAAAUUCCUCUUUAGCCAAGAUUAAGGGCAUAAAUUAUUUUUGAAAGAGAUAUAUUGCAAGCCUCUAAACCUGGAGGUAGUUUUUUCCCCCACCCCACCUCCCUCUUGGCUGUUGGUGUUGUUGUUUACAGUAACGACUUUUGCACCCUGCUGCUUUUUGCCUGGGACAAAACUUUUUUCUGUGUCUUUAUUAAACACAUGAGACAAUAAGCAGCAUAUUCAUUGACAUGAGAAUGGUAAACUAACAGUUAUUUCAAUUUAUGAUUUCUUGAUACAGGGCAAAUUUCCUGGUUUCCUGUAUAGGUUGUCUCGAUUGCCCAGAUAUAAGAUACUUUUCACCUUUUUUUGUCUCAGGCUGAAAUCUAACCCUUCCUCAGGGGAGGAAUUAAGGAUUUUUUUAGUGUAGUUGGCUAGUGCAUGGCCUUCUGUGAAGGAGGUCCCAAGAUCAAUUCCAACAAGGUGUGACCUCAAAUCCUUCUUUCGGCUUCUUUCCUGUCCAUGUAGUUUUUAUGUAGCUUUGAAUACCUGUAGUCUCCAAAUUGCAUAUCAUCUGCUGAAGUUAUCACCGCUGAGCCAGAAAUAAUCUCCCUUAUGAACCUGUAUAAGUAAACUUAUACUUUAAAUUUUUCAGGAAAAUGAUGAAGAUAUUGAUGAAGAUGACCGCUAUGAUGACUUUGAUCCUCGUAAACCUGCAUCACCAGGACCAGCUUUUGAUCCUACCCAGUUCAAAGAUGAUCCAAUGGCCCUGAUGAAGUUGGCUAAGAAGGGAAAAGUUUUGAUGAUGUUUGCAACAGUGGCUGGUUCACCAAGUAAGAAAGACACUGAGCAAAUAACAGCAAGAUGGCAGUCCAGUCUUUUCAACGCACAGAUUCAAGUUGAAAGGUACAUGUUACAAUAG